UGAGGGCAAUGCUACCUCUUUGAGGUGAGGAGGGGGAGUGGGUGAUUCCAGGGGAGGGCUGGGGUCUGCUGUUCUACUCGGAGAAGCAGAAACAUUGAAGUGGUAGCGAGAACGAAGGAACCAGUGAGCACAGUGCCCUCCCUCCUUCUUCACUGAACUGCCCUUUUCCCCUCCCACUCGUACACAACACCAGCUUCCCAGCCAACCCCACCCCCCCCCCCCCAAACAAAAUGUGCAUUUGCAAACAUUAAAUCGAACCUGAAGAAUUAUUCCAUCCCGCACCACGUCGCUCACACUCCGAUAAGGGUCGCUUUUCACUUGUGGCUCAUUAAAACUGUAACCGAUGGAUCCAGCCACAGCAAGGAUUAUCAUCAUUGUGUCCUUAGCGUAUUGAAGACACAGCAGUUAAGGACGAAGAAAUUUGCUGGAAAAAUAAGGCCAGAAAGAAGAAUUGUUCCAGAGCUGAGACAGGAAGAGGGCUGUGCAAAUUUUAUGAAGGGACAUUGGCUGAGGCAUUAAGUACAGCCUUCACCAUUCACAAACUGCCUUCAGUGCAGGAAGAAGUUUAAGAAGAAAGUUGGAACAUGGGGCAGUCAUUGCCUUAGCUUCAAAGAAUUACAUGGAAUAAAAUUUGAUCUAGAAGUUACUAGACUUAAAGGUAUUAAGUCAUGAUGCAAGAAUCCGCGACCGAGACAAUAAGCAACAGUUCAAUGAAUCAAAAUGGAAUGAGCACUCUAAGCAGCCAAUUAGAUGCUGGCAGCAGAGAUGGAAGAUCAAGUGGUGACACCAGUGGUGAAGUAAGCACAGUAGAACUGCUGCAUCUGCAACAACAGCAGGCACUACAAGCAGCAAGACAGCUUCUUCUUCAGCAGCAAACCAGCGGUCUGAAAUCUCCAAAGGGAAACGACAAACAGCGAACAUUGCAGGUGCCUGUGUCAGUGGCCAUGAUGACUCCCCAGGUGAUCACCCCUCAGCAGAUGCAGCAGAUCCUUCAACAGCAAGUGCUGUCCCCACAGCAGCUUCAGGCUCUACUUCAGCAGCAGCAAGCAGUCAUGUUACAGCAGCAACAGCUUCAAGAGUUCUAUAAAAAACAGCAGGAACAGUUGCAUCUUCAGCUUUUGCAACAACAACAACAACAACAACAACAACAACAGCAGCAGCAGCAGCAACAGCAGCAGCAACAGCAACAUCCAGCCAAGCAAUCAAAAGAGCAGCAGUUGGCAGCCCAGCAAAUUGUCUUCCAACAGCAGCUUCUCCAAAUGCAGCAAAUCCAACAACAACAGCAUUUGAUGAACUUACAACGUCAGGGACUCAUUACUAUUCAACCUGGACAGCCAUCCCUUUCAGUCCAAUCUCUGCCACAAGGCUUAAGCCCUGCAGAGAUUCAGCAGCUCUGGAAAGAAGUGACCGGGGUGCACAAUAUGGAAGAUGGCGUUUUGAAGCAUGGCGGGUUGGAUCUCUCUACCAAUAAUUCUUCCUCUACUACCUCCACUACCAUUUCCAAAGCAUCACCGCCAAUAACACAUCAUUCAUUAAUGAACGGGCAGGCUUCAGUUGUCACAACAAGAAGAGAUAGCUCAUCACAUGAGGAAACUGGGGCCAGUCAUCCUCUCUAUGGUCAUGGUGUGUGUAAAUGGCCUGGAUGUGAAAAUAUUUGUGAAGAUUUUGGACAGUUUUUGAAGCACCUUAAUAAUGAACAUGCUUUAGAUGACAGGAGUACUGCACAGUGUCGGGUCCAAAUGCAAGUUGUGCAGCAGUUGGAGAUACAGCUUUCUAAAGAACGUGAACGCCUUCAGGCAAUGAUGACCCACCUUCAUAUGAGACCAUCUGAUCCUAAGCCAUGUCCGAAACCUCUGAAUCUGGUGUCGAGUGUCACAAUGUCUAAGAACAUUUCAGAGACUUCCCCACAGAGCUUACCUCAGACUCCCACCACACCAACAGCCCCAGUCACCCCUGUCACGCAAGGACCUUCCGUAAUCACUCCAGCCAACGUGCACAAUGUGGGACCAAUUCGAAGACGACAUGGUGAUAAGUACAACAUGCCCAUUUCAUCAGAGAUUGCCCCAAACUAUGAGUUUUAUAAGACUGCAGAUGUCAGACCUCCAUUUACUUAUGCAACUCUCAUAAGGCAGGCUAUCAUUGAAUCAUCUGACAGGCAGUUAACACUUAAUGAAAUCUACAACUGGUUUACACGGACAUUUGCCUAUUUCAGGCGUAAUGCUGCAACUUGGAAGAAUGCAGUACGCCAUAACCUUAGUCUGCACAAGUGUUUUGUUCGCGUAGAAAAUGUUAAAGGGGCAGUGUGGACAGUGGACGAAAUAGAAUACCAAAAGCGAAGGUCACAAAAGAUAACAGGAAGCCCGACAUUAGUUAAAAAUAUACCGACUAGUCUGGGGUAUGGAGCAGCUCUCAAUGCAAGCUUGCAGGCUGCACUUGCAGAGAGUAGUUUACCUUUACUCAGUAACCCAAGCCUGAUAAAUACCACCUCCAGUGGCUUACUGCAGGCAGCCCAUGAAGACCUCAAUGGUUCACUGGAUCACCUCGAAAGCAAUGGGAAUAUCAGCCCAGGAUGUUCUCCACAGCAAUAUACGCAACCCAUUCAUGUGAAAGAAGAACCAAUGAAUGCAGAAGAAGACGAGGGCCCCAUGUCCUUGGUAACGACAGCCAAUCACAGUCCAGAGAUAGAAGAGGACAGAGACAUUGAAGAGGAACCUUCAUCUGAAGACCUAGAAUAAGACGGAACUUCAGACAUUACAAUAACAGGGUCAUGUUACAGACCUCCGUAACCACUCCGUGUCAUUGGAUAUUUGGCAGACUUUUACUGUGACUAUUUAUUGAGCAUGAGACAAGGAAACAGCCUAAUGGAACUAUCUGUGAUUUCUACUGAGUACCAAGGGAUGACAAGCAUUGGAAAUUGCUUGCUUUUUUUCUCCAACUUAUAGAAAAUUGGAUUGCAAAAAAUAUGUUUUCUGACAAACUUUCCUCUCUCUCUUAUGGCUUGUCCAUAUGAAAUUGUUACCUAGCUCUUACUGGUUGAUGGAUUGACCGAAUAUCGGAAUGUCAGCUAUAUAGAAAGUCAAUGGCCUCUUAUACUGCCAAAAAUAGUGUUAGCUUCAUUAAAUGUGAAUUUUUAGUAUACAGUAGCUAAAAUAGAUAAUUUGCUGAUCCAGUUCAAAUUGUUGUUGAUUUUUAUUUGCACAGUAGAGUCAGAAAGUAGAAUCACUGCCUGUAACUAGUUAAAUUUUGGGGACAGAUCAGAUUUUGUGUUGGUACCACCAACUAUUAUGUUUGUAGUUAGAUAUUACAAAACCACAGUAAUUAGACUGUUGUGGAUUUCUGAGGCAAAUGAACACCUUAGGUUUCCAGUCUGUGCUAUUAGUGUUGAAAUGUAAAGUGCAAUCUUAUGUUUUGAAAAAAAGUUCCAUCAUCUGUGUAAGUACCAUAUGGAAACUAUGCUUUUUCUGCAUACUCUACAACAGUUCUCUUUACCUCCUUGUAUUUAAGCUUUGUCUACCUGUAAACAUUUUCAAAGGCAACAGCUAAAACCAAAGUCAACUCUGACAAUGGCCAAUAGCUCAAAGACAGAAACAACCAUUUUGAUGGCCCGCCUUCUGUAACUUUAAUUAGUACAAAGGAACAUUUACAUGAACUACCUGCUGUUUUCUGAUGACCUCUGGGAUCUUUUAUUUAACCCUAAAGGAAAGUAUUCAAGAUGACAAAGUUAAGUCAGAUGUGUGAUCUGCUGAGUCCAAAAAAAUAAUUUUCAGUGGCAAAUACUACACAGUAACAGUGAUACAAAGUAGGAAGUUAUAUUAGGUACCAGCUAAAUGUGCAUUUUGACCAAAACAAAAUAUAUGUACUUGAUGCAACUGCAGAAUUUAUAUUGAUGUUUUCAUUUCACACUUCAAAUAAACAUUUAGAGACCAGUAAUGAAGGUGAGAUUAUAAUGCUGAUAAAUUCAGUAGGCUUCAUUUGCAUUUUUUUCUUGUACAGAUAACAGUUUUUACUGGUGGCUUUGUAAUGUUUGGUAAAGCUUAUGUCUUGCAUGUUUUGUCUUUUCCAUGCUAUUGUUCGUCAAGAAGAGUUUUCAAAUUUCACUUAAAAGUAACCGUAGUAACCAAACAUUGAAAAACUAGUGAAGCCAAAAAUUAUUUUCACUUUUGAGUUUAAAUGAUCUGGCUGAGUUUAAAAACGAAAGCAAUUUUUAUACUCAUUUCAAUUCAUAGUGUUUAAUAAUCAUUAAACCAGACAUUUCCAUUUCUCUCAAACCAAAGUUACACAAAUUUCUGCCUCUGCGUAUAUGUGAUGUUAAGGCUUAAAAUAUCUGCUAUACCUAACAAUGCAUAAAAAGUUUUCCUAAAAUGUUUCAUGAUGCAUUGUAAUGUAGUUUUUAAAAAAAAGACAAAAAUUGCUUAACACUGAUAUUUAUUAACUCAAAAUGUUGCAUUUCACUU